AACAACAUAGACGCCAUCUUGACAGCACCCUCAAAAUGGCAGAAAGAUGUGAGCUAGAAACCGAGUCCAAACUAAGAUCUCAGCGCUCAGCUAUUUAAAACCAGUCGGAGCCGUUUUUUCCCAACCACGGGUGGUUAUGGAGUUGGAGCCCAGCGAGGCAGCACAGAGCCUGUAACAUGGAUAUAUCGACGGCGGUUUUCAACGCGGCCAGAGAUGGUAAGCUGAAACUUAUCCAGAAGUUGCUGAGCAACAAAAGUCCAGAGGAGCUGGAGGCUUUGGCUGAGGAGAAAACACAGGGGGGAACCCCUUUGCUGAUAGCCUCUCGAUACGGACAUUUAGAGGUGGUGGACUACCUCCUUGAACAUUGUAAAGCGAAUGUUGAACUCGGGGGUUCGGUGAACUUUGACGGCGAGACCAUCGAGGGGGCUCCGCCGCUCUGGGCGGCUUCGGCAGCCGGUCACCUCCCUGUAGUGAAGACGCUACUGAAACACGGUGCCUCGGUAAACAAUGCAACACUAACUAACUCAACGCCGCUCCGAGCUGCCUGCUUCGACGGUCACCUGGAGAUCGUCCGCUACCUGGUGGAGCACAGAGCCGACAUGGAGGUCGCCAACCGCCACGGCCACACCUGCCUCAUGAUCUCCUGCUACAAGGGCCACAAGGAGAUAGCCAAGUUCCUCCUGGAUCGCGGUGCGGAUGUUAACCGCAAGAGUGUGAAAGGAAACACUGCCCUACACGACUGUGCCGAGUCAGGUAGUCUGGACAUCAUGAAGAUGCUGCUGAAGUGCAAUGCCCGCAUGGAGAGAGACGGAUACGGGAUGACCCCGCUCCUGGCUGCAAGCGUGACGGGUCACACCAACAUUGUGGAGUACCUCGCCCACCAGCCUCGUACCUCCAGAGAGGAGCGCAUCGAUGCACUUGAACUCCUAGGGGCUACUUUUGUGGACAAAAAGCGUGAUCUGUUGGGCGCCAUGAGGUACUGGAGGAGGGCGAUGGAGCUGAGGCAGCCAGGGGAAAAGACAGGUUCUCUUGCCAAGCCUCCACCCGGCCCCCCGAUCCCCGCCUAUGGCUGCGCACAGGAGGUGUGCACUGCAGAGGAACUCGAGGCUUUGAUCACUGACCCGGACGAAAUGAGGAUGCAGGCCCUGUUGAUUCGCGAGCGCAUCCUGGGCCCGUCCCAUCCAGACACGUCUUAUUACAUCCGCUAUAGGGGAGCUGUGUACGCUGACUCAGGCAACUUCGAGCGCUGCAUAAGUCUGUGGAAGUACGCUUUAGACAUGCAGCAAAGCAACCUGGACCCUCUCAGUCCCAUGACAGCCUCAAGUUUCCUGUCUUUUGCAGAGCUCUUCUCAUUUGUUCUUCAAGACCGGGCAAAAGGCUCGCUGUCAACACGCAUCACCUUCCAUGAUCUCAUGACUGUGUUGGGGAAAAGCGUGAGGGAGGUAGAGAGAGCUGUGGCACAGAGGGAUAAUCCCCCAGAAGCUCCUCAGUUCACCAAAGCCCUCUCCAUCAUCCUCCACCUCAUCUUUCUACUGGAGAAGCUCGAGUGCAACCCGGAGCAGGAGCACCAGAAGAAGCACACAGUGUACCGACUUCUAAAGCUGAACCCCCGAGGGCGGAGCGGCUUCACCCCCCUGCACAUGGCCGUAGACAAGGAAACGACAUCUGUCGGCCGCUACCCGGUAGGCCGCUUCCCCUCCCAGGCGGUGGCUGCACUGCUCCUAGAGUGCGGCGCGGACGUUGAUUCGCGGGACUCUGAGAACAACACACCGCUGCACAUUGCUGCUAACAACGGUUGUCCGGAGAUUAUGGCGCUCCUCAUGAAGGCUGGAGCUCACUUCGAUGCCACAAAUGCACAGAGGAAGACGGCCUACGAGCUGUUGGAUGAGCACAGCAGCGGGCACCCGGCCCUCUACCCCCUAAACUACAUCACCCUUCAGUGCCUGGCAGCACGUGCAAUCGAAAAGCACAGACUGCCCUACAGGGGACUCAUCUCUGAAGAGAUGGAGGCUUUCAUUGAGCUGCACUGACUUCCACUUCUGCAUCGACCGCCCCCUUCUUCUGAAGAGGCAUCCCAGCAACUACUCUACCCGUUCUCUCCUAUUCUUUACUGUGACCUGACACAAACUAGUCUUUUGGGGGUUUUUUUGCUCGACACAAGUCUCCUCUUGACUUCUGCUCCACUGCUGACUGUAACCAACGUUUUUAUCAGACCAAACCAAUAGCAAUAAACAUCCACCCUCUGGGCUUAAGUGUCUGCCAGAGGUCUGGUCAGUUGUUGCUUUAUUCUAACACAGACUUUUAAAGUGAUUGUUGGUUUCCACUGCUACUUAAUGCUGGGUGAAACGUUAACAUCAUAUAGACUCUAAUGCAUCUCCUCUCAGUGUCUCCCUCUAAAACAAACAAGCAAAAAGGGAGCGGUACAAGCUGAUGGGGGUUUGUGUGGGUUUGCUAGUGGCUGAAGUGUAUGAGAAAUGGGCUCGCUCUUACUGACACAAAGCAUCUGAUCAAAGUAGCCAGAUAACAUGCAUGAAAAUGAAGUGUGACUGUGGUAGCUCACUUGUUGUUUAGCAGAUUCAUUCAGAAAGGAAAUAUUUGAACAAACUCAACGAGUUGCUGGCAUUUUUUUUUCUUUCUUUUUUUUUGUGCCUGGUUCUACUUGUUCGCAUUCGGUGUACCAUCUGUUAUGUUUCUCUGACGCUGGGAAGGUGUUGAAAGUACUGUGCCAAAUGUUCCGUUACAAACUGUAAACUGGUGGCAAAAUGGAAAAAGCAAUGAAUGUUUUCUUCCUGAUUACAAGCAAAAGUAAUAAUAUGAAGUUACAGACAUGAACCUCUGAGCUUGAGGAGAACAUUGACUGGACUGUGACAGUAUUUUGUCAGCCUGCUGCACCGUUUCUGUCAGGCUUUUAUGAGACUAGGGAUGAGGGCGUCACUCUGACUUAGUAAAAAAAAAAGAGACAGGUGCCAUUAUUUAACACUCCCCAGUCUCCAAACAAGAUAACCUAUGCAGUUGUUAAUAUUAUUCCAAAAAUUGUGAAGCUAAAAGUCACUGCAUGAACAGGAUUUACAUGUUGUUUUUGUUUUUUUUGUUUUUUUUCCCCUCUGUUGUACAUGUUCAUCCUAAUAUGAUAACUUAAAUGAUUGGGGCUGCUUCUUUAACAAUAAUUUGGUAUCUUCUGAAUAUUUAAAUCUAAGAAUGUUUUCUUAAUUUCUACCUAUGUCUGAAUGAACAGUUUCUAACAGAGCCUGACGCGUGCCUCUUCCCAGGAUAAUGAAAUCCACAUGAAAGACAUCCAAGUUAAUGCAAAAGAAGCAGCCUCAUGACGUUUGUGGGGACAACGACGGACCUUUGAACGUGCUCUUGUCGCUAUAAAAAAGGCACAAAUCAACUGUCGAGGAUCAUGUGUUGGUUUUUGCCUUGGAGUGAAUUUUCCCUUUAACAUCAGAUGCAGUUCACAGAAAACAAAAAGGAACAGCUGGCUCUUUGGCCAUUCCUGCAUCUCAGUCUUAUAUUUAGUUGUUUUUCUUGUGUUUUCAGCAAUAUUUUAUUUGUCAGUCUGUGUUAAGCACCACUAAAAAGUUGAAAUACACACUGAAGAGGCUCUGGAAGAUCCUAAACACCUUACAUUCAGGCUCUAAACUGUCGCUGCCUUUGUCUUUCUCAGCAGAUUUGCGAUAACUCAAGAUCAAAAGUGUGUUGGAGAUGCCUGAAUAAAAUCAGUAUCACAACAGAA